AUGGCGGCCUGGAAAUUCCACCCCUCAAAUGCCAGGUGCAAGUCGCUGCUGUCUGCCUGUAUUGGUGCACUCGAAGAGGUGCUGGAGAUCGCAGAAUCUCCCGACACCUCACUCGACCUUACGCUGGAUACAGACGAAGAUGAGUCCAAUUGGGCUUCAAACUUCAAGCCCGUGCAGCAUGGACGCCGCAUCUACAUCAACAAAAGUCAGCGGGCGGACAUUGAACAUGUGAUGCUUCUCCGCGACCUUUACCGCAUCGAGGGCAAGACCCACGAGGACCUACAAAAUCUCACUAUUUCCAAGCUGAGCAACAGGAGCACGUGGCUGAAGCGUCUUGCAACAGGCAACGCCUUCACACAGCAGCUUUACCAGACAAUCGACCUCGACCUCGGCCGUGUUGCGCUCCACGGUAAAGCCGACCACCAGACUAUUGCUUCCGAGACCGACCGCUUUGCACUCUCUAGGCGGUGGGUGCAGAUGUCGAUCUAUGUCCCAGGAACUGGCUUCCCCGCCUUCAAGAAGCAGGUCCUCGAUAGGCUUUCCGUUCUGAGCGCAGGACCAAAUGAGCUGGAGAUGUUCUUGUUCAGCUCGAGAUUGCGCCUACCCAGGGAAGCGGUUGAGAAGUUCUUCGAGGAAAAGUACAAGUUUAUCAAGGCGACCCUAGAAAUACAGGAGCCCCGCCACAUGAAAGGUUUCCUGCAAGCGCUGGAGAAGAUAUUAAGACGUCAAGCAGGCGUGGGCAGAAGUGAUCAAGGACAAGAAACGAGAAGACCCAAGGCCAGGCGCAAUGCAGCAGUGAAGGGCAAGACCUCCUGA